GGCGAGCUGGCUCCGGGGGCGCGCUCGGCCGGGGGGCGCGCUCUGUAACCGCCUGCGUGCCCCAAAGACCGGCCAGCCGCAGCUUGUUGUGGUUCGGACGCGGCCCUGGCCACCGUGGUGCCGCUAGCUUCCCGGCCUCAUGGCCCGCGGCCGCUGCCCGUUGCUGGCCGCCUGCAGCCUGGUCCUCUACUGCCCGCCUGCAGCUGCUCGGGCACCGCACCCCUAGGUUUCUCCGACUACUCCAUGAGCAGCUCCGCGCCGGCCGGCCAGACUACAGCCAUGAAUUGGUGGCCUGGCAACCUUCAAAGUUGCCAAAACAAAGGGGAUUUGGCUAUGGAGGCUUUGUUGGAAGGAAUACAAAACCGGGGGCAUAGUGGGGGAUUUCUGACAUCCUGUGAAGCAGAACUGCAAGAGCUCAUGAAACAGAUCGAUAUAAUGGUAGCUCAUAAGAAAUCUGAGUGGGAGGGGCAGACGCACGCCCUGGAGACUUGUUUGGACAUCCGUGACCGGGAGCUGAAGACCCUGAAGAGUCAGCUGGACAUGAAGCACAAAGAGAUUGGAAUGUUGCAUCAGCAGAUAGAAGAACAUGAAAAAUCCAAGCAAGAAAUGGCCAUGGAGUAUAAGCAGGAGUUAAAGAAACUGCAGGAGGAGUUAGCAAGACUGAAGAGAAGCUAUGAAAAGCUGCAGAAAAAGCAACUAAGAGAAUUUAGAGGAAAUACCAAAAGUUUGCGAGAGGAUCGGUCUGAGAUUGAGAGGCUAACUGGGAAAAUAGAGGAAUUCCGACAGAAGUCUCUGGACUGGGAGAAGCAGCGUUUGAUUUAUCAGCAACAGGUAUCUUCUUUGGAAGCACAGAGGAAGGCUCUAGCCGAACAGUCAGAGAUAAUCCAGGCUCAGCUUGCAAACCGGAAACAGAAGUUAGAGUCUGUGGAACUGUCCAGCCAGUCAGAAAUCCAGCACCUAAGCAGUAAGCUCGAGCGGGCUAAGGACACCAUCUGUGCCAACGAGCUGGAGAUAGAGCGACUUAACAUGAGAGUCAAUGACCUGAUGGGGACCAAUAUGACUAUCUUGCAGGAGCAGCGGCAAAAGGAGGAGAAACUGAGGGAGUCUGAAAAGUUAUUAGAGGCUCUGCAGGAAGAACAGAAAGAGUUGAAGGCAAGUCUUCAAUCUCAAGAAAACUUCAUCCUUGAGACAAAAAUGCAGAAGGAGAAACUGCAAACAAAAUUAAAGGCUCCUGACACUCAGCACUCAGUAGACAGUGUGAGGCCGCUGGAGGACUGUCGGGUGGAGAGGAAGUGCCCCUCUCCGGGGCAGGGAGUCUUCGACAACGUGCUGUCGCAGCUGGACUUGAGCCACACCAGUGAGGAACUACUGCAGGCAGAGGUGACUCGUCUUGAAGGCAGUUUGGAAUCUGUGAGCGCAACAUGUAAACAGCUGAGCCAAGAGCUAAUGGAAAAAUAUGAAGAACUGAAGAGAAUGGAAGGGCAUAACAAUGAGUACAGGACGGAGAUUAAAAAGUUGAAAGAACAGAUUCUGCAGGCUGAUCAGACCUAUAGCUCCGCACUGGAAGGAAUGAAGAUGGAAAUCUCCCAGCUAACCCGGGAGUUACACCAGCGAGAUAUCACUAUUGCUUCUGCCAAGUGUUCCUCCUCAGACAUGGAAAAGCAGCUGAAGGCAGAGAUGCAGAAAGCAGAAGCAAAGGCAGUAGAACACCAGGAGAUUCUGAGUCAGCUGGAAUCACUCAAGUUAGAGAAUCGACGUCUUUCUGAAACAGUGAUGAAGCUGGAGCUGGGCUUGCAUGAGGUCAAAUGUCUGAAGAUUGAAUUCUUUUUUUCUGAACUUCCAGGGAGUAUUCUGCCUCCAAAAAGAUACAUAGUCACACAAGGCUUCCUAUUUGCUCCUAAGUAGUUCGAUUUCACAGUCAUGGAGGCUGAGAUGGAAGAAAAUGCAAGGGGCUAGAAGAACAUUUAAUUUCGACUAGGAAAAUGGGGGACUAUUUUUGUAAUCUUUUAGAUGUGCAAGGUUCUCUAAGUGUCAUGAGCCAUAAGGAUCUUACAUUGUAAAAUGUAAAAUUUCUAGAUGUGAAAGACUCCAUUAAAAAGUAAUAACAUAAGCCAAGUAUGGCGGCCCAUGCUUGUAAUCCCAGAGGCUGAGGCAGGAGGACCAAGUGUUCAAGGCCAAACUGGGCAAGACCCUGCCUCAGAAUAAAAAUAGCAACAAAAGGGCUGGGAGUGUAGCUUGAAGGGAGAGCAAUUGCCUAGCAUGAGGCUCUUGGUUUGAUAUCCCUAGCAUGAGGCUCUUGGUUUGAUAUCCCUAGCAUGAGGCUCUGGGUUUGAUAUCCCUAGCAUGAGGCUCUUGGUUUGAUAUUCCUAGCAUGAGGCUCUGGGUUUGAUAUCCCUAGCAUGAGGCUCUGGGUUUGAUAUCCCUAGCACUGCAAAAGAGGUGAAAAACAAAUGAACAGACGAGGAGAAGUAACCCAUAAGCAGACACAGGCUAACAGAGAGUAUUAACAAGUAAGAAUGUCCUACAAGAGUAAAGGAAAGAGAUGCAGUAGGAAAAUGGCACAGACUGAGUAGAUAUUUCAUAGAAAUUUACAUCCAAGUGAGCAAGAAAAGCUGUUCAACUUCCCGAGUAACCAAAAAUGUUAAAAAUAAAAUUUCUCUUGCUAGUGCUUUAAAAAAGCUAACAUAUGGCCUCUUUUGGCAAGCGUUUAAAGAACAGACUCUGCUAUGCACAUUGACAUGGCCUUCAGGACAGUUGGGUGAUGGACAUCAAACUUGUAAAUAUACACAGCCCCAAGUACUCCUGUGUAUUUAUUUACAUCUGUGAUGUUGAUAGUCAAGUUCUUCAGUGUCCUUAGCAGUUUGCAUUCCCAAAGAACCCCUCUUGUAGGAGUAAAUGUUCAGAAGUGGGCACAGCAGGUAUUGUGAAAUAAACUGGUUACUAAAAUGGUUGAUUUGUGAUUAUAUUGUGAAAUAUAUUGUCAUUUGAUACAGCAGAUGGAAGUAUUUAUUCAGUUUUGCCCUCGCUCCACAUCCCUUAGAUACUAUAAUGAAAUUUUUUUCUUUUAAAGCAUAAACCCAUAUGAAUGGGGAAAAAAUAAGAGAGGAAACAAUAACCAAACAUUUAAAAAUGUUUGUUUUUAUUUUUGUGUGGGCAUGUAUGUGUGUGUGUAUGCUUAGAAACCAGAGGGUGGUACUAGGCAUCUUCCUCUAUCAUUCUCUGUCUUUUGUACUGAGACAGGAUCUCUCACUUGAACCCUGAGCUCACUGACUUGGCUGGCCUGGCUAGCCACCUUGCUCCAGAGAUUCUAUCUCUUCUUUCCAAGGAUUAUAGGCAGACCAUCAUGUCCAC